UUCCGAUUGGUGUGAGAAAAUAUAUUGAUGGGUUUUUAUACAUUGAAUUGCAAUUGAAACACUUACUUCCUUGUUUGCUUCAUAGUCAUUCCCGUCAUCACCGUCUUUCUCGUUUACAACUAACAGGACUUGCAAUGGCCAAGGUUGUCACGUACGAAGAGCUCAAGGCACACUCUACUAAAGACAGUCUCUAUGUUCUUAUCCACGGAGAAGUGUACGAUGUUACUAAGUUCAUCGACGAGCAUCCAGGAGGUGACGACGUGAUAUUGGCCGAAGCUGGCAAAGACGCAACCCAGGCUUUCGAAGAUGUUGGGCACUCUGACGAGGCCCGUGACCUGCUCCCUCCCCUCCUCGUCGGAGCUUUUGAGAAAGAUGGCGCUCUGAAAAUCGGCGAUACCAAGACCCCCGGCUCUGGUGCUUCGGUUUCAGAUGCCGUUGAGCAGGGUUCAAACUUGAUGUACUUUAUCCCAUUGACCCUACUGGGAGCAUACUUUGCAUGGCGCUUCUAUGGAGCAUGAAGGCAUGGAUCGACUUUCUGUUC